GCUUAAUACAAUAUAUUAUACAAUAUAUACUUAGAGAAAUGGAGUUUAUAUGGCUAUGUGGCAUUUUUGUUGCAAUGUUUGCAACACUUUGCCUCAUAUUGUUAUUGAUACUAACAUUUUCUUGGUGGAUUUUUCCUAUCCAAGUACAAAAUAAGCUUAAAAGAAAUGGUUUUGGAGGGCCAACUCCAAGUUUUCCACUUGGAAACAUUAAAGAGAUGAAAAGAAAGAAUAGUAAUAUUCAAUCUUUAGUUGCAUCUUCAAAUCCCACAAAUGAUAUUCACUCACAAGUUUUUCCAUACUUCUCUUCUUGGCAAAAAUCACAUGGUAAGGUGUUUGUGUACUGGCUAGGGACAGAACCAUUUUUGUACAUUGCGGAUGCAGAAUUCUUGAAGAAAAUGUCAACAGAAGUGAUGGCAAAGAAAUGGGGAAAACCUAGUGUUUUUAGAAAUGAUAGAGAUCCAAUGUUUGGAAGUGGUUUGGUGAUGGUUGAAGGCAAUGAUUGGGUACGUCAUCGACACAUUGUUGCACCAGCAUUCAACCCUCUUAAUCUCAAGGUGAUGGCAAGUACGAUGAUUGAGUCUACAAAUCAAAUGAUAGAUAGAUGGACUAACCAAAUAAACUUUGGCAACCUUGAAGUUGAUGUGGAAAAAGAAAUUAUAACAAUAGCUGGAGAGAUUAUAGCAAAAACAAGUUUUGGUGUGGAAGAUGAAAAUGCUAAAGAAGUGUUUAACAAAUUAAGAGCCUUACAAAUGACUCUUUUUAACACUAAUAGAUAUGUAGGGGUUCCCUUUGGCAAGUACUUUAAUGUGAAGAAAAAUCUAGAGGCUAAAAAACUUGGCAAAGAAAUUGAUAAGCUCUUAUUGACAAUUGUAGAAGCUAGGAAAAAUUCACUUAAAAAGAAUUCUCAAAAGGACUUAUUAGGGUUAUUGCUACAAGAAAAUAAUAAUGAUGGCCGAUUGGGAAAGACAUUAACAUCAAGAGAAGUAGUUGAUGAAUGCAAGACUUUCUUCUUUGGUGGACAUGAAACAACAGCACUUGCUAUCACAUGGACUUUGAUGCUUCUGGCCACACAUCAAGAUUGGCAAAAUCAAUUAAGAGAAGAGAUCAAACAAGUUGUGGGAAAUAAUGAGCUUGAUAUCACUAUGCUUGCUGGUUUAAAAAAGAUGAAGUGGGUGAUGAAUGAAGUUCUAAGACUAUAUCCACCAGCACCAAAUGUGCAAAGACAAGCCAGAGAAGAUAUUCGAGUUGACGAUGUAACGGUGCCCAACGGAACAAAUAUGUGGAUCGAUGUAGUAGCGAUGCAUCACGACCCUGAAUUAUGGGGAGAAGAUGUGAAUGAGUUCAAACCAGAGAGGUUCAUGGAUGAUUUGAAUGGUGGAUGCAAACACAAGAUGGGGUAUUUACCUUUUGGAUUUGGAGGAAGGAUGUGUGUAGGUAGAAACUUGACAUUCAUGGAGUAUAAGAUAGUAUUAACAAGACUUCUCUCUAACUUCACUUUUAAUGUUUCACCAAAUUAUCAUCAUUCACCGGCCAUUAUGCUCUCCCUAAGACCCACUCAUGGACUUCAACUCAUUGUUCAACCCCUUAAUUAGGAUAUACUUAUUUAUCUAAACUUUACAAAAAAUUACUUAAAUAAUUAUUAGUUCAUCCCCUUCAGAAUAUAUAUACCAGUCAAAUACUGAAUCCUAGAGGUAUAGUUAACAU